UUGCAGAGUGUUGUUGCUGCCGGCCCUUAUGAUCCUGAGGAAAGUAUUCCUGAAGUAGCGUCAACAGUUGGUAACGAAUUUGUCACUGUGAGUGAACAACUUCUGGAUGAAAACAAGGAAAAUCAAGGUCUUAUAUCAGCUUCUGAAGGUUUGUCACUUCUUUGUAUGUUAUCGUGA